AUGGCAGGCUACAGUCCGCAAGAGGCUGCAAAUGAGACUAUUAGGGAUGCAGAGGCACUUACAGGUCAUGCAUUAUCCCUAGUUACCUGGGAAACCCCUAAGGCAGCUAAGGAAGUGAGGUUGCAGGUAGAGACGAUUUCCCGAUUAGGCAAUAGCGAUCUUCCAACCCAGCGGCUGCUUUUUAGGAAGGUUCUAAAAGGAUUUGAUGAAAGGGACUAUGCACUAGCACAGGCAAGGCUUCAGGUUACUCAAUUGGAAGCUAGACUAGAGCAGUUAGAGCCGCGGAAACGACGGAAAGUGAGGACUAGUCCAAAUUCGAAGUUUGUGGAUAUUCAGGCUAUAAAAGAGGCCUAA